CCAAGUGGGAGGGGUCGUCUUGUUCUGACUGCCUGGUGCAUUUUUUUUUAUUUCACACCCCCGUGCGCUUUCUCCAACACUCAAUAACUGUCCAGUUUCGGAUCAGUGACCGUUUCGUUGCAGUCAUGCCACACAAAGGCAAGCACAAUCGCAACAAGAAGCCCAAAACGCAUGGCGACACCAAAGCAGCAGAAGACAGCAAGGGAGCAUCCCCAGCAGCUGCCGCUGAGUCACAACCAAAGUCAUCAUCCACCACUGCAGGAUCCAAAACAUCCAGCAUGAAGCCUGCGGAAACUAAGGAUUCUACAAAACAAGGAGCUGCCAAGACAGCGCAAUCAACGAAGCCAGCAGAUUCUGCAAGCAAAGCAGCAGCUGAUGUAAAGCCUAAAGAAGCCGCGUCGGCAAAACAGGCUUCAACCAAGUCAGCUGCAGGCACAGAAAAGGCAGCUCCCCCAGCAGGAGACACUAGUAAGGCCAAACAGGAUCCUACCAAACCAGCAGGGACAGCGAAGCCAGCAGAGCAGAAGCCGGCACAGAGCACUUCCCCAGCGGCUAAAGCUACGGCUACGGCUGCUGGUGCGGCCACAGUUGGGGCUGCUGGCGCGGCCACAGUUGCGGCUGCCAAAGAAGGUGCCGAGGCUAAGAAGCAUGAAGCCGAUUCUGCACUGGAUGCCUUGGCCGGCUCGCUGGCACCUCAAGAUGUGCCUGCUCCUAAAACACCAAAAUUUACUGGACCAGAAGUUAAUGAGAAAAAAGUUACUUCUACAAAGGGUGUACGACUAGGAGACAGAGAUGACACGAUUCCACCAGAAUACAGAUUUAAAAAUGAUGGCCAGGUUCCACCAAAACUGACCUCAAAGAAGCCUGAGGUGCCCAAGACACCCGUUGAUGAGAAAGCGGCCAUAGAUGCUCUCCUAGAUGAUUUCGAUGAGACUCCCGUGCCAAAGGUGGACUGUUCUGCUUCAAAUGUGCAGGCAGCUGGUCCAGAUGUAAUAACCGCCAAGUCCGCUGGCUUGAGCCACGCUGCUGCACCUCCUGCUGCUACGAAGGCAAAAGAGGAUACAGGGAUGUCACUGGCUGCUUUAGAUGCCCUUGGAAAAUCACUUGGAGUUCCAGAUACUAAGCCUGAACCCCCUCAGCCUUUGCCUAAAGAUAUUGUAACGGACAAACUUACAGCUACUCAUGUGGAUAAGCUAGGAGAGAGGGAUGAUACUCUUCCACCAGGUUACCGUUUCCCUGCUGAUAAGGAUAAGAAGACUGACUUGGCAAAGCCUGCAGAAGGGCCAAAGACACCAGUGGACCAGAACGCAGCAAUUGAUGCUCUAGAUUUUGACUCUCCAACUGUUCAGCCUGCAGUGUGUCCCAUUCAACAGUCUGCAGGAACUCCAUCAGUGAAGUCUACAGCAGCACCAACCCAGCAAUCUGCUGCCGCUCCUGCUGUGAAGUCUACAGCACCACCAACCCAGCAGUCUGCAGCAGCUCCUGAUGUAAAGUCUACAGCAGCACCCAUUCAGCAAUCUGCUGCCGCUCCUGCUGUGAAGACUCCAGCAGCACCAACUCAACAGUCUUCAGCAGCUCCUGCUGUCAAGUCUCCUGCAGCACCCAACCAGCAACCUGCAGCAGCUCCUACUCAGAAGUCUACAGCACCUUCAGCUCAGAAGUCUGAAGCACCUACUCCUGAUAAGGCAAAAACUCCUGCUGGUCCCACUUCAGCACAAGGCCAACCUGCACAUAAGCCAUCCAUUGACUCUGCAUUGGAUACCCUUUCUGGAAGUCUUUUACCUGCUGGUCCGACCCCAACAGCUAAGCCAGAGCCUGCUGUUGACAAAGUCAAGGAAAAAGCUACAUCUAAACACUCUGAUAAACUUGGGGAAAGAGAAGACACCAUUCCUCCUGAAUAUCGGUUUGAGGACAAAGAUAAAAAGGGUCCCACCCCUGCACCACAGCAACCAAAGACACCAGUUGAUCCCUCCGCUGCUAUCGAUGCCUUGGCAGGAGAUUUUGAGUUGUGUUCUGAAUCUUCAGCUAUUCAGUCAUCAGCAGCUCCCACACUUCAGUCAUCAGCCGCUCCAACACUUAAGUCUGCUGCAGCACCAACACUUCAGUCGGCAGCUGGGAAGCCACCGCAAGCUUCAAGGCAGAUAUCUGCUGGUACUGAUAGUGCCCUAGAUGCUCUUUCAGGUACCCUGAUGCCUGAUAUCCCUGCUCCAGAACCAAAACCAGUGCCUCCAUCGGCUGUGGUCAAGGAAAAUAUCAAAGAAAAGCAUGUACCAAAACUUGGAGACAAUGAUAAUACAAUCCCUCCAGAAUACAGGAUGAAAUUAGAAAAGGGAUCUGAAGCUGGUAGCAAAGAAGAGGUCAAGCCUAAAGACCCCAAGCAGAUUGCCAAAGAACAAAAUUCUGCCAUUGAUACCUUACUUGAGGGUUUUGAUUCUCAACCUCCAGAAAAGGUUGAAGAUAAGAAAGAUGCUGCUGGUUCUGCAUCAAAUUCUGCACUUUCAACAAAAUCGCCUGAAAAGGAUCCAAAAGCAACCAAGACAAAAGAACAGCAAGUGGAUCCCAAGAAGACUGGCAAAAGCUAAAUACAUUGCAGGUGUUCUAGUUCCUAUACCCCUACUCCCACUUCUCUUGCUACUGGAAUGGGGACAUCAGGGAGAGAGCAGUUGGAUUCUUCAGGUUUAAACUUCAUUACCCUAAUCGUGGACUCUUGCCCACUUAAGCACAUCAAACCAAAUGUUGCCACUAACCAUUUUCAGAAAUGCUCUACUUUGAGUUCCACAUGUAGAAAACCCACCCGCUCCGUGUCUAAGAGUUUUUUUCCCGCGCACACAGGAGUAAAGGCCCACUGCUCCAUCUGUUCCUCCGCCUGUCCGCCUGCCUGGCUUUCAUGAAGCUAUAUUGCAGAUGCCAAAUACGUGAAUGCAGCAUUUUGUUCCACUGCCUCAGUCUAUUCACUUUACUUUACUGGGUUGCCUUUACCAAAGUAUAUAAUAUUUAAUUGUGUUCAGGGUUAUGGGUAGUUUACUUUUUUUGUCCAGAGGAUUGUUGUGCAUGGACAUUUGGGAUGUUUGGGGCAGAACUAUACUGAUUUGUGGAUAUUCUCUUCUUCCAAGAGCAGCCCUUUCUAAAGGAGUACACAGUGGCAAUGUAUUAUCUUAAUUGAGGUUGUAAAGUUUCAAGUGUAUGAGAAUAAUCAGAAAUGCUUCACCUCUGAACAGAUGGCCUUUUAUCUUGGCAGGCUCUGACACAAGUCGACUGUUACUGUUUUGAACUUGACAGCUUUUUAUGAAAUGCUUACUAGAAUGAAUAUGCUUUCGAUUUAAGAGUAUGAAAACUCCUUUCGCAACAAGAUAAUCAUAGAAUUGGAACUUCUCUGAGCAAUAGCUUAUCAUCAUUGGUCAUUAUUAUUUGUCACAUUGUCAUUUUAUAUUUUUGGAAAGGACAAAAUAACAGAUGGUUUCCUUGUGUUUACAAAUGUAUAAAGAAUGUUUGCUUUGUGGCUUUUCUAGGUUGGACAGAAUAAAUGAGUCAAUUAUAUGGGGAUUAUAUAUGUUUAUGUAAUUAUAUGUAACGUAUAAUUAUAUAUAGCAUUAUUAUUUUUCUUUGUUGGUUUCAGAAAAAAAAUGCUGCACUACAUUGUCAUGAUUUGCAUUCUUCAAUGUUUGGCUUUGGGAACUUAAUGAGAAAAUAAAAGUAUUUUUUAAAAAGGA